CACAAGUUAUAGGAGACUGUGGCAAACACACCAUCUCCAAACGAGCUGACUGAACACAACAUGUUUUUUACAGGUCUGCUAGUUGUUGCACUUGUCAUCACACUACAAUCUCUAUACACUGGCGCUGAGCACUGGAACGGGGUUUACGAUGCACCACGUUGUCCAAUACGAAUGUGUCUGACUGGGCCUCCGCCAGUUUGUGAGAAAUUAAAAAUGAAGCCUUGCUAUGCAGAUCGGGAAGUUAUGACAAUGUUUGGGAAAAACUUCUUAUGCGAUACCAAAACAGACGGAGGUGGUUGGAUUCUUAUGCAGCGUCGAAUUCGCCCUGGUGUAAAUUUUAAGGAAAACUGGCAAACAUACAAAGAAGGAUUUGGCACGUUAAGUGGUGACUUCUGGAUUGGACUGGAUUUUAUCUACUUGCUAAUGACGCAACACAAUUAUGAGCUGAGAAUUGAUAUGAUGUAUCAAAACAGAUCCUACUACGCUAAAUACGGCACCUUCAGGAUUGCAAAUGAAGCCGACCGCUUCCGUCUUACUAUUUCUGAUUACUCUGGAACCGCUGGCAAUUCAUUAAAUGCACAUAAUAACAGCCAGUUCUACACAAUUGACAGGUCUGACGGAUAUAAUUGCGCAGCACAUUACGAAGCAGGCUGGUGGUUUAACCGAUGCUACAGCGCAUAUUUAAAUGGUGUAUGGGUUGAGACAAGCAGAUAUGAAGGCAUUCACUGGGAUGCACUAGGUAAAGAAGUCCACACUUUACAGUCCGUGGAGAUGAAACUUCGAAAGAAGAAUUAUUAGUGCGGCUGUUAAGUCAAAGUUGUACCAUCUACCAACCAGAGUUUCUUUCAGACAUAUAUCUUUAAGGGUGGGGCACUUGAAGCUUUUAAGGGAGGGCGGACGAUACAUUUGGUGGAGGUGUGGGGGAUA